GUACAUGUGUAACAUAGAAGCAAGAAACCACUGCUUCCGUGUCUUUCUCUAAAACUGCUGCAAUUUCACACAUCAAUAGCCUACAGCAAAGCACAGGCCAUAUAUGUAUCAAUGGAGGGAAUUGAUGAGAAUAAGAUUGAAUCUGAGUUUAAGUCAAUUUCAUUUGAUGUUAAGUUCCAUGAUGUUCAAGGGAAGAAUUACCGUUGUGCAAUAUCGAAACUGCAUAAGGAGAUAGUACCGGAGAAAUGUAAGGUUCUGGUCAAGCCCAAAAGGGCAAUCAUCACAUUAGUGAAGGCUUCCAAAGGAAACUGGCUAGAUUUGCACUUCAAAGAGGACAAGCUAAAGCCAAAUUUGGAUAAAGAGAAAGACCCAAUGGCAGGAAUCAUGGACAUGAUGAAGAAUAUGUAUGACGAAGGGGACGAUGAGAUGAAGAAAACAAUUGCAAAAGCAUGGACUGAUGCUAGAUCUGGGAAAACAGCUGACCCUUUAGGUAGCUACCGUUGAGCGUCAAACAGAGAUUCAGAUUCUUAGUUCCUGUUUCUUGAGAAUGAUCUGCUCUAUUGAAUUACAAGAUUUUGUUAUAAAAAGAAUGCUAGGCCCAUGGUCAUGGUACUUGUAGAAGUUUAGAUGUGCAGUUAAGUGUUACCGAAGUUCUACCUUUUCAUAUAAUGAUAUGGUUGUGGUCU